GCGUGUGUUGUGUGAUCGUAGCAGUUAGUUUUACAACGCAUUUAAACACGUUGGGAAGACUGCUAGUCCUACGGAAAUUUUCUCUCUCUUUAGAAAUAGUUAGCAAUAAAAAAUAUGUGUCUUAGCGUGUUGAUUGGUGUGUCUGUGUUUUGCUGUCUUUUUGGACGUUGAAAUACUGGUCUACGUUUUUAUCGUUAUAUUCACGCGCAGCCUUUUCUUGCCCCUCCCUCGCCAUGGGAACUGAGGCAAAUAGGAAAUCAAUCGACCGAUUGAACUGUGUUUUCAAUCGAAUCACUUUUAGAAAGUCACGUUGUUGUUGUGUACCAAGCCAUACAACACCCGUGUCCGCCUGUGUGCCUUCGAAUGUCUAAAGCACACAGUUAAACACUCAUAACCAAUAUUGACUGCCAAGGUUUACAAGCGAGUGUAAAUUUACGAAGUCUGCUGCUGCGUGUUUCUUGACUGUAUAAAGGAAUUUCGUAUUCAGCUUAAUUGGAAUAAAAACAUGUUUAAAAGAUUCGUAGAAAGUGCACCAAAAUUUGCUGCGUGUUUAACUGUAUAAAGAGAGUUUCGUAGUCAGUUUGAUUGAUAUAAAGCGCUUAAAAGAUAUGAUAUAAGUUCACCAAAUACCGGUGUGAACUAGAACAGACUGGUCAAAACUGUUAACACCAUUACCAGCCCGUGUUCCCACCCUCUAAAAAGGCUGUACUACUAUCCCCUUUAGUUUGUUGUUUUGUUUAUCUAUUCAAGUCGCUAUUCCCGUUUCCCCUCAGCGGUUGGUGACGUUUUCAUUACCGUUUCAUUUAACUCAAAUCUUUAGUAACUAACGCUAUAACGAACAAUAGAACCUUCCGCGGUCGCCUGUGUGACAUCAUAAACGGGCCACUCGAUAUCGGCGAAUAACAAAAAAACGCGACGCACGCGAGUCCAGUAGGAUUAAAUUAGUUGCCCUUCUUUUACUGUAUAGUGAUUUAACACGACAGGGCAAGAGUGGCGUGGUAAAAAUAGCUAGCCUCGUGCCAAGGAAUGAUGAUAGGCCAGGCACUACAGGUUUACUGUUUAAAUAACCUUUUAACAGUUCAGAAUUUCCUGUCUUUAUAAAUCAGUGUUUCUGUCGCUUUUAGUUCCUAACUGGUGGUAGAAGUUUAAGUUUAUGUAAUAUAAUGCUAGUUUCUGCAAUGGUGUAAGAGUAGUGUUUAGCUGUUUCCACCUCUGUUCACAAAAAAUGUGGUCUGAAAGUCACCUAUGUGGCUGCAUCUUAUACAAGAUACUGAUGUCAAUACGUCUAUAGUAACAGUGCACAUUCACUAUGAAGUAUAAACUGGUCAAGUUUCUGCACCUUAAUAUUGCCAAAUUGCCCCAAUCUGAUGUGCUUGAUGUACCAGAUGGCCACUUGCCAAGAAAUAGUUCAGGACGUCGGAAUACGAUUCUUAUCGCAUCCCCUACACGUCCCCAUUCACCAGGCCUGCUCCCACAAGGAGUCAGUAGUCCGAUGGACAGUCCCCGCAAUCUCUCCCCAAACAACCAACCUUCCCAUUUCUCAUUCGCGCCUUCGUACGUCAAACCCCGGCCCUUCGUAGCCACCAUGGAUGGUAGAAGAUGGUCGGUAGCUUCACUGCCAUCUAGUGGUUACGGGACCAACACACCGUCAUCUGUGCUAUCUUCCUCUGCUUGUUCUUCUCAGGACCGGCUUCACCAGUUACCCUCCCAGCCCACCGAUGAUCAACUCACCUACUUGUCUCGUCACUUCUGUUCCAAUGAAAGCAUCAAUGAAGAUGACAUUGGGGGUUGCAGAAGCCCGUUUCGACCCCGUUCUCGUAGUUUAAGCCCCGGGCGAACCCCAGUUUCCCACGAUUCCGAAGUAGUAAUGAUGAACAAUGUAUACCGAGAGAGAUUCCCAAAAGCAGUGGCGCAAAUGGAGGAGAAAUUAAAGCAAUUUAUCGAAUCAAGUUCGCAAGGUCUUCAAACCCCCGUUUCGGACGCUGCGUGGAGUUUUGUGCAUCACCAAGUGGUGAAAAUGGCACGCUCGUGCUUACAAAUGUCGCAGGAAAAUCGGAUCACUGCAAGAUAUUUCUUCGAACUUGCUGAGAAUUUGGAAAAACUGAUUGAGGAGGCUCAUGAAAAGUCAGCAGCUGGAAGUGGGGGAAUCACAAAGCUUGUGAAAAAGUUCAUGAUGAUUGUUGCGCGACCGGCAAGACUUCUGGAGUGCCUGGAAUUUAGCCCCGAAGAAUUCUACCAGUUGUUAGAAUCAGCUGAAUAUGUUGCAAAGGAAAGUAGGGGUUGCAUUGGAACUGAGAUACCACAGUAUAUAGUACAACAGUUGGGACUUACUUCGAGUAUAUUGAAAGUUCGUUCGUCAUCGAGCGAUUCGGAAGAAAAUGAGGAAAAUUCGUGUCCACAACCACAACAAGUUACUGAAGAUGAUUUUAUUGUCAAGAAACUCAUCAGUAAUGGAGCAUAUGGCUCUGUAUUCCUGGUGCGACACAAAGAAACUUCACAGCGAUUCGCGCUCAAAAAGAUAAAUAAGCAUAACCUGGCCCUGCGCAAUGAAGUGCAGCAGGUAGGCAUAUUAAUAUAGCUAUAGUCAUCCAUAUG